AUGGUUAAAGCAGUUGCUGUUGUCAGAGGAGACUCUAAGGUUUGCGGAGUUGUCAACUUCGAACAAGAAAAUGAAAAUGACCCAACCACCAUCUCGUGGGACAUCUCGGGCAAUGAUCCCAACGCGUUGAGAGGCAUGCACAUCCACCAGUUUGGUGACAAUACCAACGGUUGUACCUCUGCUGGCCCUCACUUCAACCCCUUCUCCAAGACCCACGGUGCCCCAGAGGACGACAACAGACACGUUGGCGACUUGGGCAACAUCACCACCGACGCUUCUGGCGUGGCCAAGGGCACCAGAAAGGACCUUUUGGUGAAGUUGCUUGGUCCCAACUCUGUCAUUGGCAGAUCUGUGGUUGUCCACAGUGGCACCGACGACUUGGGUAAGGGCGGCAACGAGGAGUCUUUGAAGACUGGUAACGCCGGCACCAGACCUGCUUGUGGUGUUAUUGGCGUCACCAACUGA